CUGACUCCGCCGCCCCAGCAGGCAGACCACACCAAAGGAACACCAACCAACCGAAACUCAGCCAUCGCUCUCCAUCAAAUCGACACUCAAAUCGACACUCAACCAUGAUUCCUUCAAACGUACACCAUUCAGGAAUGCCAACAGGCAAGAAAUACAUGGGAUGGUGGGGAAACAUGGGUGGACCGAAGCAGAAAGGGAUUGUAGAAUACUCCCUAUCACCUUACCGUCAAAGCCCAAUGAAGAACGCAUUCCGGGGGUACUUGUUCCAAGGGUACCGGAGAUUGGCGGCCCAAGUGCCCUACUGGAUCGUCCCUUUCGGCGUCGCUUACGGGGUCAUCAAAUGGGCCGACGCCGACAACCAUUACAGGAACACUAAGGCCGGUCAUCGAGAUGGAAAAUUCCCAUAGACCGAACUCCAGCCUGAUCAUCAAUCCAACCGUUUCACCCACUAUUUCCUCAUCCCUCCUAGAUUUACAAGCGCCUUUUUUUACAUUACCAUAGCUUUUAUUUCUCCUUUUUUAGGUUGAUGUAUACAACACUUGAACCACGCUUUUUUUUUUCUCUUUACAACGGAGAUCCUUGCGCCAUGUCGAUGAGAUUAAAGACCGUGUUUGAAAAAAUCUUUCCGGUUCUCUGUUCGAUUAUACGCAUAUUGCCAACGCAACAGUUCUAGGAUCUUGGGUGUGAACGGGCACCAAGCAUCGAAAGUGAAGAACUCUGACCAUUUC